AUGAACUGGGCAGAGCUGGACUCAGCCCCAGCGCCCCCCAGCGCUCCCCAGAGACCCCCGAACUGGUCUGACUGGUGGAACUGGCGCGGCCCCGGCGGCGCCUCCGCCCUUAUCGCCACCCCCGAGCCCCCCAGAGCCGCCCCCCAACGCUCCGGCAACGCCACGACGGCGCCGCGACCACCACGACCGCCGCGGCACGAGCUGCAGCCGCCGUACCCGUACCCGUACCGCUGGCUGCUCAACCACCCCGACAAGUGCCGGGAGCGCACGCCGUUCCUCGUGCUCCUCGUGGUGUCGUCGCCGGCCGACCUGGCGGCGCGGGACGCCGUGCGCCGCACGUGGGGCGACGAGAGCGCGGUGCCGGGGCUGAGCGUGCUGCGGCUCUUCCUGCUGGGCCUGCACCCCGUGUUCGGCGCCGAGCUGCGCUCCGUGCUGCGCGAGGAGGACGAGCUCUACGGGGAUCUCAUCCAGCAGGACUUCCUGGACACCUACAACAACCUGACGCUCAAGACGUUGAUGGGGUUGGAGUGGGUGAGUCGCUUCUGCCCCAACGCCACCUACGUGGUCAAGGCCGACCACGACGUCUUCCUCAACCUGGAGUUCCUGUGGCGGUUGCUGCGGCCGGUCAGGACGGACCUGGCCACGGGUUACGUGUACCGGCACACGGGGCCGCUGCGGAACCGGGCCUACAAGUGGUUCGUGCCGCGGGAGGUGUACCCCAACGACACGUACCCGCCGUACUGCGGCGGGCCGGCCUACGUGCUCUCGGGGCCGCUGGCGCUGCGGGUCUUCGCCGUGGCGCAGCUGCUGCCCGUUAUCAACAUGGAGGAUGCGUUCGUGGGUAUCUGCCUGCACGCCCUGGGCGUGCCCGUCACCGACCCGCCGGCCGGCGCGUUCAACAUGUACCGGCUGGACUACGACAAGUGUCGCUUCUCGCGGCUGGUCAUGGUGCACCACUACUGGCCGCGGGAUCUGCUGCGGGUGUGGCCGCACUUCAGGAACGAGUCUGUCAAGUGUCCCUAA